GUGCUUCUGGGGAAAACUCGAUCCUACCCUCUCUCAUUUUGUUUUUGUUGGAACUGAGAUUUAUGAGGGUUUUAAGAGAGAAGAAUACACAGAGCUAAGAAAACGGGAGAAAAAUGGAGUUCGAAAGGCGGAAAGCGGCGACGAUAGAAUCUCUGAAAUCAACGGAGACAGACAAAUCACCAAAGGGCACGUUGGAUAUACCAAUCGUACCCCUUAUCAACACCAUCAACGCUCACCCUUCAUACUUCACUACCAGUUCCUGCUCCGGCCGUAUCUCUAUCCUCUCCCAACCGCCACCCUCCACAACGAAGCUCAAGAAAAAAGCCUUUGGGGGAUCAUGGCUCUUCAUAACCCACGAACCGGCUGAUCCUGACUCAGUUCUCAAUCUUCUCUUUCGCUCCGAGUCGACUCCGAGCGAUCCCCCAUCUGACCUCGUCUUCAGGUUCGAGCCCCUCAUCCUCGCUAUCGAGUGUAAGGACCUUUCUUCGGCUCAGUUUUUGGUUUCCUUAGCAAUAGCUUCUGGGUUUAGAGAGUCGGGCAUUACCAGUGCUAGUAAGCGGGUGAUAAUAGCAAUUCGGUGUUCAAUUCGCUUAGAGUUGCCAUUGGGAAAUACCCAGAAGCUUAUGGUGUCUCCUAACUACGUUCAAUACCUUGUUGGGAUAGCAAACGAGAAAAUGGAGGCGAACAGGAAGAGAGCCGAAGGCUUUCUACUAACAUUGCGCAAAAAUGGUUUUGUGGGAUCAAGGGUUGGGGACACCGAUGGAGUAGAGCGUACGAACGGUUCGGAACAUGAUGGCGAGGUUGUCUGUAGUGAUGACAAAACUGAAGAGGUUCAGUUGGAAGGAAAAGAAGACGGUGUAAACCAUUCUGGGUCGGUUCACGUCCCCAGUUUUAGUCUCUCCGUUGUUAAGAUGGAGAUUGUUGGCGAACCUGUUGAAAAGCUUUUUCUUUGGGGUCACUCAGCUUGUAAAUUGGGUAGCACAAACAAUGAUGGAAUUCUGGUGUUCGGUGGAUUUGGUGGCAUGGGAAGACAUGGACGAAGAAACAGUUGUUUGCUACUUGAUUCAUUCACUGGCACAUUGAAAGCCUUUGAUGUUGAAAGUGGCCCUUCUCCACGCUUGAGUCAUACGUCUUCUUUAGUUGGAGAUAGCAUGUUUGUUAUUGGAGGUAGGGCUGAUCCAGAGAACAUUCUGAGUGAUGUUUGGGUCUUCAACACAACUAAGAGUGAAUGGAAGCUUCUAGAAUGCUCCGGUUGUAUCUUUCCUUCCAGGCAUCGGCAUGCUGCUGCAGUUGUAGGCCGAGAGAUAUAUGUGUUUGGCGGACUUAACAAUGAUGCGGUCUCCUCAUCCUUCCAUGUCCUUGAUACAGAUAAUAUGCAGUGGAGAGAAUUAAUGGUCACUGGGGAGCAGCCAUGUGCUCGACAUUCUCACUCUAUGGUUGCAUAUGGAUCUCAAUUAUUUAUGUUUGCUGGAUACAGUGGUGAUAAAGCACUUGGAGAUCUAUACAGCUUUAAUAUAGAAACAUGUCAAUGGAAAAGGGAAGAGGCAGCAGGAAGAAAUCCCCAUGCAAGAUUCUCCCACUCAAUGUUUGUUUACAAAAGCUAUAUUGGUGUUAUUGGCGGUUGCCCAGUUCGACAACAUUUUGAGGAGUUAUCAAUACUUGAUUUGCAUUUCCAUGUGUGGAGGCAUGUGAAGCUCGAUUCAUUUGGAAAAGAUUUGUUUCUGCGCAGCACAUCUAACGUUGUUGGUGAUGAUCUUGUUAUGGUUGGUGGUGGGGCAGCUUGCUAUGCUUUUGGAACGAAGUUUAGUGAGCCAGUGAAAAUUAACUUGCUUCCUUUGAUUUCUUUGGAUAAUUUUAAAUCAGUUGAAAAUGAAGGAAGUCAUAUUUCGCAUGGGUAUGAAGUGGCAAAGAGAGAACGAGACAAAGAUUUUCACAAUCAACAAGAUGGAAUUUUGCAAACUCUAACUGGAACGGAAGAUCCUAGCAUGGAUUUUGAGGGUGAAUUGUCUGUCAUUAACGACGGAGAUCAGCCGUUUGCUUCUCCAUACUGGGUUCUACAGCUAGAACGGAAAUAUGCAAAAACAGGAAAGGAUAUAUUGAAGAAGUUUGGAUGGUUAGAUCUUGCAAGGAAAGCUUACUCUCAUGAAGAUGGAAUCCAUAUUUGUUUUCCUGUUAAUGAGAAUUUCUGUAAUUUAUAUCCCAAGAAGCCGCAUUCUUUGCAAGACUCAAUUGAAGAACAAAAUGAUCAUUUAAUUACACUAGUUAAGACAGUUGAAGCAGUUUCUAAGGAUAUCACUUCUUCAAAGGCCUUGAACAUUCUGAAGGAAUGUGGUGCUACUAAGCUGGCAGACAAGGUUGUUGAAGCUAGGAAAGCUGCCAAAUCUCCAUUGAAAAUAAUGAGUGAAGCUGUAGCCUCUCUAUUAGAGGAUAAAGACCUUCCUAUGAGACUUCUCGAGGAGCUACCUACAAGAUGGGAACGACUUGGGGAUAUUAGUGUGCUUCCAAUAUCAUCCUUCAAGAAUCCACUGUGGGAAUCUAUAGAGGAGGAGCUCUGGCUUACUGUGGCCAAAUCACUUAAUACUCGUCGCCUUGCUCGUCAGGGGCGGGUUGCACAAACAGGUACAAGGGACAGUAGGUUGGAGAUUCUUGUGGGGGAUAGUGGCUGGGUGGAUCACCGUGAAAAUGGAAUUAUAUAUUCAUUUGACACUACCAAGUGCAUGUUCUCUUGGGGCAAUCUUUCUGAGAAGCGACGUAUGGCACAACUGGACUGCAGAAAUAAUGUUGUCGUGGAUUUGUUUGCUGGAAUUGGAUACUUUGUCCUGCCAUUUCUUGUGGGGGCCAAGGCAAAACUAGUUUAUGCAUGUGAGUGGAACCCCCAUGCUAUCGAGGCACUUAAACGUAACCUUCAACUAAAUUCUGUUGCGGAUCGCUGUAUUGUACUGGAGGGAGACAACAGGGUUACAGCACCUAAGGGAGUGGCGGACCAAGUUAAUCUUGGUCUUCUUCCAACAAGCGAGGGUAGUUGGGUCACUGCUGUUCUGGCACUAAGGAAUGAAGGUGGAAUACUACACAUUCAUGGAAAUGUGAAAGACACAGAGGAAGGUUCAUGGGCAGAACAUGUUGCGGAAUCAAUAAGUGCGAUAGCUAAAUCUGAAGGUCUUUGUUGGGAUGUUUCUGUUGAACAUUUGGAAAGAGUGAAAUGGUAUGCUCCACACAUCCGCCAUCUCGUUGCUGACUUGAGAUGUAAGCAACGGGCUUAGAAAUUGUAGUCAAAGGGCUUCACGAGAUUUCAAAGCCAGAGUUCACAGAUUGGAGGUGUUUGUGGUGAAGCAUUGUGUUAAGCUCGGCUGCAGUGCAGGGUGGCACACUGGAAUCUGCAUGGUUCUUAAAACAAGACCCCAGUUUAUGCCUGUCACUUUACAAGUUACAUUCCCCUUUGCUUAUCAAAUUUAUAAUAUAAAAAUUAUUAAUUUUGAAGGUAUAUUUGAAAGUCAGAAUUUUUGUUACUGGCGGCUGUCUUUGGAUCUGGGAAUUAAGGGACCUUCAAUAAUUCCAAUGGCUUGAACUUCCAACAACAAACAAAGGUAUUUAUUGUCGUGGUCAGAAUUAUAUCUUUCAGACUUCUUUAGUAAUGAACCAUUUAAAAACUCAAUAAGAUAGUAUAUGGUAAUUUAUUUUAUAUAUAAUUCUUGUCUAUGAUAAUAUUUUGUAUUUUAGAGAAUUCUGAGGACCCACGUUUCAAUAGAAUUAUUUUGGUGGAUAUUUAAAUUUUGAAUGGAAGUCUUUUAUGUUCUCAUUUAA